AUGAAGCCUCUCGAGGCUAGGGCUGCGUUAUCACCCGCUAUAACUAAGGAAUUGAUUGACAACGGAUUCAAGGUAUACGUAGAAGAAAGUUCUCAAUCUGUUUUCGAUAUUUCGGAAUAUAAAACGGCUGGUGCAAUAAUUGUGCCAGAAGGAUCUUGGACUCUGGCACCAAAAGACAGAAUAAUAAUAGGAUUGAAAGAACUACCUGAAGAAGAUACCUUCCCAUUGGUUCACGAGCACAUUCAAUUCGCUCAUUGUUACAAGGACCAAGGUGGAUGGAAAGAAGUUUUAAGCAGAUUCCCCGCAGGCAAUGGUGUGCUUUAUGACUUAGAAUUUUUAGAGAAUGAUCAAGGCAGAAGGGUAGCAGCUUUUGGAUUUUAUGCUGGCUUUGCAGGUGCAGCUAUUGGGGUGUUGGAUUGGGCAUUCAAACAAGUUCAUGAAGACACGGAAAAUCUUCCAGGUGUUACUCCCUACCCAAACGAACAUGAAUUGAUCUCAUUUGUCAAAGCUAACUUGACGUCUGCCUUGGCUAAGAAUGGAAAUAACUAUCCAAACUGUUUGGUCAUUGGUGCCCUUGGAAGAUGUGGUUCUGGUGCUGUGGACUUUUUAAGAAAGGUCGGUAUCCCGGAGAAAAAUAUCAUUAAGUGGGAUAUGAAGGAAACCGCCCCUGGUGGACCCUUUAAGGAAAUCGUGGAUAGUGAUAUAUUCAUUAACUGUAUCUACUUAUCUCAGCCAAUUCCUCCCUUUAUAAGUUUAGAAUCUUUGAAUACUAAGGACAGAAAGCUCAGAUCAAUCGUUGAUGUAUCUGCAGAUACUACAAACCCUCAUAAUCCUAUUCCGGUAUAUUCAAUUGCGACUGACUUCGAUGAUCCUACUGUUACAGUUGAAACUACAGAGGGUCCAAAAUUAUCAGUUUGUUCGGUCGAUCAUUUGCCUUCUUUGCUUCCAAGGGAAGCUUCUGAAGCUUUUGCAAAAGACUUGUUGCCAUCUUUAUUGGAAUUACCUAACAGAGAUACUUCACCUGUUUGGGUCAGAGCAAAGACAUUAUUUGAUAAGCACGUUUCUAGAUUGAAUUGA